ACUGCAGCAGUAGUAUCUUAAGUUCCUCACGAGCAGAUCAUAAUACGCUAUACAAGCUUAAGUCCGGAAAGUGAUGUAAUAAUAGCAAUCGGCUAAAAAAUUAAUUGAUGCGAUGAAGAUGCGCCGUGAUUUCUGCAACAAUGGGCUUUCCUACAUUGUUAUGUGGAUGUUGACCUGUCUACUGCUCAUUUUUUCAACAACGAUCACUGUUAAGUCGACCAUCAAUGAGAUUGGUAAAGUGACCAGCAAGGAUGCCACCAACCAAACGUGUCCACCAAUCAUGUGUGAGUUAUACUGCGUCUGGGGAUUCGAGAUUGAUCCAGUCACCAAUUGUCCCAUAUGCUCGUGCUGUAUUCCCUGGUUCUGCGCCAUUUUUUGUCCGGAAAGCGAGACCUGCGAACCAAAUUUCGAUUGUAUCCCCCAGCUACCACCAUCGAUACCAUGUCCUAUAAUCAGAUGUGUGAACAUCACAUCUUCAUCAACAGUUUGAUCUGCAGGCGAAUCCUUACAGAUCACCGAUUCUCCACGACUAUUUUUGUGCGACACACCAGAUAAAUCAACUUGUCUGCGGAUGUACAGCUGCCUAGUGUAGAGUACCUCUAGUAAGAAUUAAAACGUCUUACUAAUUUAUUUGUGUAAAGCU